GCAAAAUGGGAGGAACAUUUUUAUUAUUUGAAGAAACAAAAAAACAGGAAAUUAGGGGGUUUAUAAGAGAGAUGCAGUCCGUCUGAUCGGAGGAGUCUGGCUCUUUUUGAAAGAGAUCAACCCCAGCCUGCCGAGAGACCUUUGAGAAUUAUUCCUUUUAUAAAAGCAAAUAAUCUGCACAGAACAAAGAGCAACAAUGGGCAAUCUAGUUGUAAAGGAUUAUCUAAGGAGAGAAUUUGAAGACUUAAGGAGCGAUUUGAAUCAGGGCAGUGUCCCCAAAGUGACAGCUGAAUACCAACAAUGUUUAAAUGAAAUGCAAAAUCUGCCCCUUGAUAUUGCAGUUACUGGAGAUGCGGGUGUUGGUAAAUCCUCCUUUAUCAAUGCCUUCCGAGGAGUAAUGGAUGACGAUAAUGACGCAGCCGAGGUUGCAGCAGUAGAAGGAACCAAAAUGCCAAAGCCGUAUCCUUAUCCUUCUUUUCCCAAUAUUAAGUUAUGGGACCUUCCAGGGAUCGGAACACCUAAAUUUCGGGCAGCGGAAUAUAUGAAGAAGGUCCAGUUUGAAAGAUAUGAUGUCUUCCUUAUCAUUAUCUCCAAUCGCUUCACUGAAAAUGAUGCUUUGCUGGCAAAGGAAAUACAAAAAAUGAGGAAGAAAUUUUAUUACGUGCGCGCCCAUAUCGAUGAGAGUAUUAAAAAUGAAAGCAGGAAAAGAGAUUUCAAUGAGAUGGAAACCCUGUCAGCCAUCAGGAAACACUGUGAAGGUGUUUUGAAAGAGGCAGCUGAGCUUUCUGAAAGAGUAUUUCUGAUAUCCAACCAUCAUGCACACAUGUAUGAUUUCCCUCUCCUACAAGAGACAAUGACCGCUGAACUUCCUGACCACAAGAAACAAAUUUUAACACUGGCUGUGCAUAUUUUCUCUGAAAAUGAAUUGAUGAAGAAAAAAGAGCUAAUGAAAGCCUAUAUAAAGAAGGUAGCAUGGGUAUCUUGUGCUUGUGGAGCGGUGCCUCUCCCGGGUCUCUCUAUAGCUUGUGAUGUUGGAAUUUUUAUAGAUGUCCUGAGACGUUUCUGUCAGGUGUUUGGCUUAGACGACCGGUCCCUCCGUUUUCUGGCACUUCAGACGGGAAAAGAAUUUGAAGAGUUGAGGUCGGCUAUCAAGAAAACCCCGUUAGCCAAUACAAUAAACGCAGAGCUGGUAUUUUCUCUCUUGAUGAAGUCAUCUGUUUGGGUAACUGUGUCAGUGGUAGAAGUGGCUCUUGAAGUUAUACCUGUUCUUGGUUCUCUGUUUGGUGGAGCGAGUUCAUACCUUGUCACCUGUCAUUUCCUGAACAGCUUUCUUGAUGAUGCUGUGGAAGACGCCCAAAAUGUUCGGGCAAAACUUCUUGAGUGAUCAGAGUCCCAGGGAAAGUCUCAAGACAACCCCAAACCCCAUUUGAAGGGGACCGUCAAGCAAUUCAUCAAAAUGAAAGCAGGGAGAGGAAAAUAAUAAUAUGCUUCAAAGCCUUAUUGGAACUAUCUAUCUGCUUGCUCCUUUUAGUAAUUCUGUGAUUGAAGUACGUGCUUUUUCACCCUAGGAGGAAGUGAGUAACUCUGUCUGCAGAUAUUUCCAUGGGAAGUUAGAAAUUAAAUAAUUAUCCAUAUUGGUUUUUGAGGAAUGCUUUUCUUUUCUUCUUUUCUCUCUUUGGCUUUUUUCUGUUAUAUUUUAGCAAAGUGGAGAUUAUUGUAUGAAAUUACAAAAUUCAUGAUCCUUUAUUUUUAAAUACGAGGAAAACAACUCAACAGAGACUGUGUGGGAUAUGUCAUUAAUGUUAUACUUACCAUUAAUAGCAUAAGUACAAUAAUUGUUUUUGGAAAUAUAUCUCUUCCUUAAAUAAAAAGCAUUUUAAAGAAAGAU